GAUUGCGGUAAAGGACAGUGUGUGUGCGACAGAUUUCCCAAAUGUGGCGUCAUCCCUUUUUGAAGCUCCAGAAGCUUCUAUUAAUAUAAAAAAAGAUAGCACCGACAUACCUUCAGAGAGAGACGGAGAGAGAGGGAGCAUGAGAGAGCGAGAGAGAGAGGGUGAGAGAGGGAGGGAGAGGGCGAGCGAGGCAUAGAGCGAGAGAGCGAGAGAGCGAGAGAGCGGAGUACCGAAUGUGAGCUGAGGUCUCUCUAUCCCCUGCCGGUCAUACCGGACAGUGAAACUCGUGUUGCUCUCCGUGCCGCAGCAGCAGCAGCAGCGCGCGACUACACGCUCCUCGGUCGCCGUACGUUCACACUGACCGAACACUUCGGGGAUUUCACUAUAUUGUUUUUUAUCCGCCCUUAUAAAAAACGAGGAUACACGUUUGGCUACGGACGAGGAUCAGACUCGAAUUUACCAUGCCGGAGGAAAAAGUGUUACAGCAGCAGGCUGUCCACAGCCCUCUGGAGCAGCCAAAGCCCAAGCAAGGAGCCCAAGGUGGGGCAGGAGGAGGGGGAGGUGCAGGCGGAGGUCGCACGGGAGGAGGCCCCAUCCCCUGUCAGAACUGUGGCAAGCCGUGCAAGGGCGAGGUGCUGCGCGUGCAGAACAAACACUUCCACAUCAAGUGCUUCGUCUGUAAAGUGUGUGGCUCAGACCUGGCCCUCGGUGGCUUCUUCGUGCGUCAGGGCGACUACAUCUGCACCCUGGACUACCAGCGGCUGUACGGCACGCGCUGCUUCAGCUGCCAGGAGUUCAUCGAGGGGGAGGUGGUGUCCGCCCUGGGCAAGACCUACCACCCUCGCUGCUUCGUCUGUGCCACCUGCAAACAGCCCUUCCCAGCUGGAGACAGAGUGACGUUCAACGGCAAGGAGUGUAUCUGCCAGCAGUGUACCCAGCCUCUGGCCCCCAACAGCCCUGCACCCAUCCAGGCUGUCCACAACUGCUGUGGCUGUGGGAAGGACUUUAAGAACGAGCAGUCCCUGGUGGCGCUGGACAAACACUGGCACCUGGGCUGCUUCAAGUGCAAGGUGUGCAGCAAGGUGCUCAAUGCAGAGUACAUCAGCAAGGAUGGGAUCCCUUACUGCGAGCAGGACUACCACGCCAUGUAUGGCAUCCAGUGCGAGAACUGCAAGAAGUUCAUCACCGGCAAAGUCCUGGAGGCCGGAGAGAAGCACUACCAUCCCACGUGCGCACGCUGUGCACGUUGUGAGCAGAUGUUUGGCGAAGGAGAGGAAAUGUACCUGCAAGGAUCUUCCAUCUGGCAUCCUCCUUGCAGACAAGCCGCCAGGCAGGAGGAGAAGAGCAAGGUGACCAGGACUUCUUCUGAGAGCAUCACCUCUGUCCAGGCCUCCAGUGCCUCCGGCUCACCCAGCAGGAUCAUCUACGCUAAACUGGGAGAUGAGACCCUGGACUAUAAGGACCUGGCCGCCCUUCCGAAGGUCAAGGCCAUCUACAACAUCGACCGGCCCGACAUGCUAUCCUACUCCCCCUACGUCAGCUUCCCCUCGGAGGAGAGGGCCUACAGCGAGUCCUCAUUGCCACUCACCCCUGCUUCCGUGGAGGGGGAGGGGUCCCCGCGGCAGCGGAGACCCUCCAGCCCCGGCUCCAACAGCUCUCUGGGGGGCUACGGCCGCAACACCCCCACCCGCUCCCCCCAGAACUACAGCCGCACAGGUCCUGAGGCUAACGUCAGCGCUAGGUACAGCGGGCAGGCCUAUGAUUCCAACUCCCUGCCCCUGCCCCCCACCCUCAAGUACCCCUCCUCCACCAUGGCCGGCGGCCCGUCCCCCAUCCCCGGGUACAGCAUGGGUGGUGGCGGGGCGGCCAACAGUAGAUGCUGCUCCCCCACGCCACCGGGGGGCGGCGGAGCGUUAGCCCUGCACCUCAACCCCACCACCCUGGCCAUGCUCCAGCAGCACAACUACAUCCCCUAUUACAGAGGGUUUUAUGUGGACCCGUUAACUGACUCUAAAUCUAGGAACUCCUUGCAGCUCAAUUUACCUCCUCCCAAUGGCAGUGAAAGCGGUCGCAGCACCCCCAGCCUGUCCACGUAUUCCGAUGGGAAGUCGCCUUCCUCCGCCACCACCUACAUGGCCGCGCCCCGGCACUUCCACAUACCAGAGACUAAGGUCAAAGAUAAUAUCUAUAGAAAACCCCCCAUCUACAAACAGCAUGCCUCUAGAACAUCGUGGCAGGAUGGGGAGGAACCCAAGAGAACCAGCUGGAUGAUCCUGAAGAACGAGAUUGAUGGACAGCCCGGAUCAGAGGAGCUGGACCCCCGCAAGUCCACCUGCAGCCUGCCCACCGACAUCUCCCAGCCCAACUUCCCCUACAAUAAAUCGGCCUCCUUGCCAGGCUAUGGAAGAAACGGAAUAUACAAGGCUGCGGAGUUGCCUGAGGAUGAGGUAGACACCGACUGCAACAGCUGGGGAGGAAUGAGAGGUAAGAAAACCACCCACUCAGAAAUGCUGGCAGUGACCCACAGAGUGAAAGUGAAGCUUCCCCGAGAUAUUGACCGCACAAGACUGGAGAGGCACCUCUCCCCGGAGGACUUCCAGCUGGUGUUCGGGAUGACCCUGGCCCAGUUCGACCGCCUCGCCCUCUGGAAGAAGACCGACAUGAAGAAGCAAGCUCGUCUUUUCUAAAUAAUCACCCAGACCCGCCCACAAAAAUCUCUCGUCCCUCUUUGUGGAUGCCUCCCCUGUGCGAGAAAAUAAUAAUAACAAGGGGGACACAAAAGGACCCACCCGGAGAAUAUCCCUACGUACCAAACCCCUAUGUAUGUACGCCCCCCCUCGACCCCUCGCCCUCACCUCGCCCCCUCCCCACGGACGGUACCGCCGUUAGAUUGCGCCGUGCACCUGCAUCAAUCCCCGCCGGGCCCCCUGUCUCCCACCGGCCAGCGUCGCCAUGACGACCGUAAGAGGCUCCCUGUGUGCUUCCCCCCCGUAUGAGCCUUGGCCCGACCGUGUGUGUGUGUGUGUGUGCUUGAGGGGGCGACUGGCGCGGAAGUAGCGGGGAGGGAGUUCGGUGGGGUGGGGGCUUCAUUUGCAUGGCCUGUGUCACGACCCCCCCCCCCCUUGCCAUCUUCCUACCCCUUGUAACCCCCCCCCCCACCCACCCCAGCACACCCCAAAUUCACACGCACACACACCUCCCAUGCUUGACAUAGAUAUGUGUUGAAGCUGCCUUCUCUUCUGCUUUUGGCGUGCUAGCGUUCUGACAAUCCUCUCCUAUGCUAACCUAUGCCAACCACUCAGGGUGAACUACCCGUCGAGCUCACCUCGUUGUGAAUGAGCUGACCUGGUUAAAACAUUGUCUGUAGUUUACCAUGGCCAUGAGUGUAUAUAUAUAUAUAUAGAUAUAUAUACGUAUAUAUAAAGAGCGCUCUAUAAUCUAGUUUAGACUACCACACGUGCUACAAAUAAUGCUACACAAGAGUAGCAUGAUUCUACGUAAGGUUUGCAUGAUGCGACACGAGAGUUGCAUUAUUAGUCAAUAUGUGAAUGUGUAUGGGAAUGCAUUACUAUUGUAAAUAAAUGUAUAUUGGAAUAUGCUAUCAUAAACUGUAAAACGUGGUACUAUGCUAGCUACAUACAUGUGAUUAAAGUGAGGCUAGCAUAAUAUUCAAACCUUAAUAUCAACACCUAAAUUGUAUGAAAACGUGGUACUGAAUAGUUGUUAUUCCCUAACCCUGAAUACACGGCCUACUGCAUAUAAACGUGUUACUAAUUCACCCUGAGUGGUAGGGGAGAUUGUCAGAACCCAGGUAUUCUAUUGCGCUUCAUAUCUUUUGUUUUUAUUUCUUUAUCGUUCUUUUUAUUUUAAAAUGAGGUCUGUGUCAUUGUAUUCUCUCAAGCGUAUCAGAUAUGCGGUUCUGCCUUGUUGUAAAGGUGUCUCUCUCUUUCUAUCUCUCAACUGUCGGCCAUCUUGGCUCUGUUGACCUGACUGUAGCAUGUUUCCUGUCAGGCUCUAGACUUGUAUCUAUAGAUAACAUCAUGAAUCACUUUUAAGGGAGUAGAAGUACAUCAAGUAUGAGUUUGUUGUUCUAUUUGUGUUAUGUGCAAUGACGGCAUACUGAACUUUGAGCUCAGAAAAGCAGUUAUUUGGUUGUGUGUGGAAAGGCUGAGUCACACUGAUGCAUUUGCUUGUCUAAAAAGGCCAAAAUGGAGGCAAGCUUGCGUGUAUAAAUAAUAGAGCAAUGUGUUUAUAAAUAGAGAAAUACACAGAGGACCGAUAGGUGGCCUAGGCAUAGGAGAUGGGAGAUCACAAAUACACUACAUUUGAGUGUAUAUCUAUUUCAUUUCAUUUAGAAUUGCAAUCAUCGCAGCCCUAAUAAUUUCAUCAAAACUCUUUAAUGAAGGGAACAGUGCACUCGCGGUUUUAUUGUGUUAAGAGACCACCAUGACAGGGAUAACAAACAGCACAUGUUUGUUAUCUGUUAUCUUGAACCUCUAUUUCUAAACAUUUCAAUACUCUAAAGGUAUCUUUAUUGUAAGGGUUAGGUUUUGUAUUGCCAUGUUAUUUUCUAGUACUAUGGGAUGAAGGAGGAGGAAAACAAGGGGGGGGGGGGGGGGGGGUCUGAUAGACAUGAGCCUGAGAGGUCCGAGGGCGGGGGGGACGGGGGACGGGGGGGUCGGGGGUCUUGUAUCUUAACACAAACACACACUAAGCCUCUCCUAAAGCGCCAGGGAGGACGGGAGAGGAGAGAGUGGAGAUGGAGGACCCAGGAGCUUUGGGUUGGUUGACCCCGGUUCCCCCCACAGCAGAUGAGAUAGCGGGUCGGGAGGGGUUUCCACAACAGGACUCUGUUUGUGAAACUCAGGGCUUUUGCGGGGACACUCGUGUCAAAAGUGUAAAAGUUUGAAUUAUUUUUAUAAGCUAUUUUUGACUUUCUUCCGGGAAUCGGCCGACGCAGCGAGAAUCUGUUGAGCGAAUCAUGAUUUUGUUUUGGUUUGAGCUGAAAACAAAAAAGAGUCUUCCAUCCUCAUCACACCAACGGCUACGACAGUGCUACUAUGUGUCUCCAACUGAUGUCUUGCUCGAUUGCAAACUAGAUACUCCAAUACCGCUACUAUAUCCUGUAAGAGGGAGGCUUACUUGUUAAUAUGUUGGCUGCUUGUGAGCAAAUGUUAUCCCAAGCUUCACAUUCGGGCUUAGCUGACAUAUCAUCGCUUAUGUGUUUUUUUGUGUCCCAGUCAGACUGACUAAGUCCAUGAGCGGUCAGAGCACCUGUAAGGGGCAUGUGCGGCGGUGUGUUUGUGUCGAACCUCCUCCUUGUGGGGACGUACAUUGGAAUGACAAGGUCCCUGCCUACGUCCUCAGAUGCAGGGUGUGUGAAAAUGUGUGUGAUCUGAUUUUGUGCCCAUUAGGUUUGUUUGAAUAAAACAAGCCAUUUAUUAUACUGUUAUACACAUUUAUUUUUUCUGUGGUUGGAUGAAGAAAAGUGCCCAGCUCUGCUGCUUUUACGUUAGGUAUUUAUUUAUGUCCAGGAAGGCUAGGAUAAAGAGGAUGAAUCGAUUGGGCCCCUGGCUAUGGUGUUGAUGAUUGGAUAGGAAUGGAAAACGUGGAAAAAUUUCCUAUAUAUCCUUUUAAUCUCAGUAAAUGUAUUCGAUCAAAUGUGGCUCUUCCUGCAAGUAACAUACUUUCUGUCUGAUUUCUAACAUUCAUCUCCUAUUAAAGUGCUUUAAUGAAACAGGA